AUGAUAUCUCACACCCUCCCCUCUCUCCCUUAUGCCUACGAGGCCCUCGAGCCCGUGAUCUCCAAACAGAUCAUGGAGCUCCACCACCAGAAACAUCAUCAAACCUAUGUGAACAACCUAAACGCCGCUCUAGCCGCUCACGCAACAGCAACACAAUUAAAUGAUGUUUCUGCCCUGAUCUCUUUGCAGCAGAAGAUCCGCUUCAACGGCGGUGGUCAUAUCAACCACUCGCUUUUCUGGAAGAACCUGACUCCUCCGGGAACACCAGGUAACGAUCUGACUGGUGCGGCGCCUACCCUGUGUGAGGCUAUUAUCUCCCGGUGGGGAAGUGAAAAAGCAUUUAAGGAUGCAUUUGGAACGGCUUUGUUAGGUAUUCAGGGCAGUGGAUGGGGAUGGCUGGUCAGUACCGGAGGACCGAAGGGUCGAUUGGAGAUUACCACGACUAAGGAUCAGGAUCCGGUCAACUCUGAUGUUCCUGUCUUUGGAGUUGAUAUGUGGGAGCAUGCAUACUAUCUCCAGUAUCUCAACAAUAAGGCUGGUUACAUUGAGGGGAUCUGGAAGAUCAUUAACUGGGCUGAGGCUGAGAAGCGGUACACCGCUGGGGUUGAGAAUCCUUUGAAGCUGUAA